AUGGAGGCCAAGGCUGCAACCAUUGUGUUACUCUUGCUCCUCCUCACCCUUGGUGGUGAGGCCGGCAGCAGGAUAUGCCAUGAUCAUAGCCAAACCUUCAGAGGCAUAUGCGUCCAGCCCACGAACUGCAUCGCUUGCUGCACCAACGAGGAUUACACCGGCGGAUACUGCACCACCGUCACACGCAGAUGCAUGUGCACCAAGCCGUGUGGAGGGGACAGCCCGCCUGAUGAUCCGCCGGCGAGGGCCUGA